AUGCGAAGCGACCGGCACGCGCACGUCGACGUCGAGCAGUCGGAGUCCCACUCGUGCCGUCUCCGCCAGCGCCUCGGCAGUCAUUUCCCCACUCGCUCCAUCUUCCGUUUCGCCUCCUUUUUCUUCCUCGCACGCGAGCCCCGCCGCAGCCGUCGGCACACAGACUGGCAGCGCUUCCUCGCCGUCUUCGGGUGGCAACCCCGCCGUCACGACCCACGUUUCCGCCGGCAACAGCAACGUCAUUACCAGCCUCUCCGCUCCCCCAUUUUCUGUGUCCGCCCGGUCCCCCUGCUCUUCCCCACCCAACCCCUGCUCUGGCUCUCCGAUUGUUCGCUGGUGGCGACCUCCCUGCAGACGCCGCAUUUUUCCGCUUCGCCAUCCUCCUCCUCUUCCUCCUCUUCGUCAUCCUCAGGUGGCAACCGGGAAAGACCGCAGCCCCCACCCCAACGCUCGUCCCCGGAGCACGGCAGGCAGUCUCCCGAGAGAAGAAGCCCAAGCUCGCCCAUCUUCAGAGAGAAGCUCAGGCCGGCUCCAGCCAUUGCUCCCUCAGGCUCCUCCUCCUGCGCCUCCUCCACCUCCUGCAGCAGCGGCGGCGGUGUGCACCAUAGCCCCUCCCUGGACACGCUCACCGGGCCCUACCUGUCGGGCCACUGGCCUCGGGACGGCUGCCACGCCCAGUGCGCACCCUGCAUGAGGGACAAGGCCACUCAGACCCCCAGCGCCUGGGCUGAUGAGUGUUCAGAGAAGAGGAGGAGCUCCCACAAGCGCUCGGCCUCCUGGGGCAGCACGGACCAGCUCAAAGAGAUCGCUAAGUUGCGGCAGCAGCUGCAGCGCAGUAAGCACAGCAGCCGUCACCAUCGCGACAAGGAGCGCAAAUCCCCCUUCAACGGCAACCAUGCCGCCGUCAGCCAAUCACAGGCUCCGAUCCCCAAGAGCGUGCUGAUCCCCAUCCCCAUCUCCAAGCCCGUGUCGCGCUUCAGGAACAGCCUGGAGGGCCUGAACCAGGAGAUCGAGCGCAUCAUCGUCCGCGAGCCGGGCGAGCGCGACGAGCAGCUGCUGCCCCAGGACGUCCCGGACGGGCACCGCGCCCCCCCUCCCCUGCCCCAGCGGAGCAGCAGCACGCGCAGCAUCGACACGCAGACCCCCUCAGGCGGGGGAGGGGGCGGGGGCGGGACCGGGGGAGGGGGCGGGGGCGGGGGCGGGACCGGCGGCCGGGGCAGUAACCAUAGCGACAGCAGCAGCCGGUCCCAGUCGGUGUCCCCGACCUUCCUGACGGUCACCAGCGACGCGGGGGCGGGGAGCCCCUGUCCCUACGACGACCUGCUGAGCAAAGACCUCGGCACCGGCUCCCCCCUGCCCAAGUACGCCUCGUCACCCAAGCCCAACAACAGCUACAUGUUCAAGCGCGAGCCGCCCGAGGGCUGCGAGAGGGUCAAGGUGUUCGAGGAAACCACGACGAGGCCGCUGCAGGAGGUUCCGCAGUUCCUCUGUCCCGACAGGAACAAGGUCAACUUCAUCCCCAAGAGCGGCUCUGCGUUCUGCCUGGUCAGCAUCCUCAAGCCCCUGCUCCCUACGCCGGAGCGCCCCCUGAAGGGCUCGGGCGGUAUGGCAGUGCGCAGCCUGUCUCCCUCCCUGGCGCUGGAGCAGGAGCAGCGGGUGGUAACCCGGGGAACCAGCACCACCAAUCAGCAGCCCAGCCUCCCGAGACACCUGGAGGAGCCCGAGAGCUAGAGCUCAGCAGAGCCCCCUGUGGACAAACCAAGAAACUGCACCUUUUCAAAAUGCCUAAAUUCUUUUUAACCAAACCAAGCACCGAUUCAAAACCAAGAAACUGCGCCUUUUCAAAAUGCCCAAAUUCUUUUUGACCAAACCAAGCCAACCCAUUCAAAAUUCAAAACUCUUUUUUUUCUUCUUCUUUUAUUUUUACAAGACUGUUUGGGAAUCACUUUCUUUUGAUUAUCUGUCUGAAAACAAAGAAACAAGCCUGACAAGCAUUUGCUAUGCAGCUUUUUUGUUUGUCCAAAAAAAAGAAGCAGCGAGCGGAAAAGGGUGUUGGCUGGGGUAGGGUGGGGCGUCGUGGGCCCCCAUCCGUAGCAUUGUGUUGAAGUCCGGCCCAGCUCUUUCCACCCCCACCCCCCCCCCCCCAUCCCUGGCGUCUGCAGUGCUUUGGAAAAUGCGCAGGUAGGAGGGGCCUCACUGGAAGCUCCGCCCUCUUCCUCACAGGUACAGGGAGUGGAGCGCACCUGUGCAUCCAGGCAGGGGCUGCCUGUGCUUCUCAAACGUUUUACCAUGGAGCCUUUUUAAACAAAAACAAAAAAAAGUGCUUUCUUUUCUGAGUCAAGGAGGGUUUAACUUAUGAGGACGUGACUUUUUUUUGGAGUUGGCUGCGAGACCAAGAAGCCUGGGUUUAAGACACGCCCGAGGUUGAUGAAGGUCUCUUCUGAUUGGGUUUCCGUAGUAACUGCCCCCCCCCAGGGACCUCUGAGGCUCCGCCCCCCCCCCCACACCCGGUCAUUCAGGCUGGAGGUGGUACUGUAGCUCCUCCAAGAUCCCUGGGUCCAAAAACAGACGUGAGGAAAGAGGAAACAAACUAACGUGCCUGCCGUUAGAAGCUGGCCUGGUUUCGCCCCCUGCGCCUGUCGGUGGUGUUCUUAACGGUAGUGUGUUUAACGGAAGAUUCCCCCGUCGUCAGAAACAGAGUUGUGAACAGAGUUGUGAAAAUAUGUAGAAAAUGGAAAAAGAAAAAAAAAAAAAGAAUGUGUCUGUGCUUUUGUGUGUCUGACGCGCGGCUCGUGUCCUUGUUGUGGAGUGACGUGUGACUGCGGGGCUUGUGAUUGGAGCAGAAAGGUCUUGUCGGCUGAAUUGGAACACGUUUUGAUCCAGAACGAACUCUCGGUGGUGGAAGGAACAGCGGUGUGACGAGGCCUUGGUUCGCCAGACCGCGUGGAGAAGAGUAGAAAAAACGCUAAAAUGGCGGUCGGACAGAAGGGGCACUGUGUCGCUUUGACGGGCAGGACACGGGGUGGAGGGACGACGAGUAGAAUGCUUCUCCGUAGGGUUCCAUCAAAGGGAAAAUGUACAUUAGAUUUCACUGCAGCGGAAUUAAAGCAUAGCCUCUCAUCAGCCUGUAGGGGUUACAUUUAAAAUGGAAGUACUCGUGACCCUUAUUAUUCUCGACCUGAAGAUCUCCAGACACACACACAGGCGCCUAAAUUCCUCUGUGUUUUAAUGUGAUUCCGUCUGCCUCGUUCUCGACAUCGGUGGUGUUGGCUGAAAGAGGGAAAGGGUCUUGGAGCAUGGCAGUGGGAUGGCAGUGGGAUGGCAGUGGGAAUGGCAAGGGGAUGGCAGUGGGAUGGCAGGGGGAUGGCAGGGGGAUGGCAGCAACUCGAAAGGAAUUUAUUUUACUGACCAAAAUGCGGCGGGGAAGAAACCCGCUCUAUAAAGAGAGUGUGUGGCGCCUUGCGGCUCUAACCCUUCGUCUGUAAUCGCGUCUGUGAUCGCGGUUCUAACCCGCGUCUGUAAUCGCGUCUGUAAUCGCGGUUCUAACCCGCGUCUGUAAUCGCGUCUGUAAUGCUGAGUUUUAACGUGUCCGUUGGAAGAGGGCGAGGAGCGGUCUCCAGCCCCACAGGCCUGCUCCUCACAGUGUCACAGUGCCGACCGCCAUUACCGCUCCUGACCGGGGGGAUAAGGCUCCAUCCUUCAGAGUUCAUCCUUUCAUCCCUUCAGAGUUCAUCCUUUCAUUCCUUUAGAGUUCAUCCUUUCAUUCCUGAAGUUCAUCCUUUCAUAUCCUUCAAAUUUCAUCCUUUCAUUCCAUUAGAGUUCAUCCUUUCAUUCCUUGUUUUCCCUUUUAAUUUAUCUUAUCUUAUCUUUAUAUUUUUAUUUAUUUGUUUGUUUGCUUGCUUGUGUUUUGUUAUGUUGUAAGACUCUUUUCAGAGGUCAUUCCACAGAUGGCACAAACAACUGCUUUGACCCCCCUGCACAUUAAGGAAGGUCUCCCCCCCCUCAACCCUAACCCUAACUGCCCGCCCCCCACCCCCGAGGCUGAUCAUCGGGGAGGGCGCAGAAAAGCCUCAGACACCCCAGCCUGCAGGGAGGAGAGUGCCCCCCCCCCAGCGUUGUGUCACCAUGGUGACUGCAGUGUCAGAGCGGUGAGCUUACACUGCUGGUUUUACCGUAGGAAAGUUCCGGAACGUCGGCUCCACUGCGGGGGGGGGGGCGUGUUAUGGGCGCACCCCCUCGAGCGACGCCCGGGUGCUCCUGAGCUGCAGAAAGGGAGGCGGCCAUUUUGAAGACGGGCCUGUGCCUGGUUCGGCUCGCCCUGCGUACGGAAACGAGAUUUUCACUUCGUACCUCGUCUUAACGUAGAUCCUAAGUUUAUGCUUUUUAAAAAAAAAUACAUUUUAGGGCGUGGUUCACAACGCUGGUUUGCAUUUUUAUUAGUUUCUUUUUCCCUUGUAUUAUCAUUAUUAUGGUUUUUACUGUUAUUACGGUAUUAUGUUGAGCAUUAAGGACUCAGUUUUGUACUUGAAUAUUCCGGCACUUUCCCACCCCUGGCCCCCCAGCUUUAGAUCAGCUUAAUGAGGCUUCUGGUUUUACCCUAGUAUCUCUCCUCUCUUAACACAAACGCAAACCGAUAUCUAAAAAGUCCAAUUUCUUUUCAAUUUACAACAUAUGACUGCUUAUGUAGUUCUGUACUCAGGAAUGUAAAAAAAAAAAAAGAAGAAAAACAUUAAAAAGUACAAAAAAAAUCUUGCAAGUGUAUAUGUACUAUACUUAGAGUAUAUCCACUGCAUCUAUAGCUACUUUUGAGUAUAUAUUUAUAUAGAUGAAUUUACUGUAUCUUACUCAGACAGGGCCGUUCUUUGGAUGUUUUGUUAAGGUAAUGGCCUGUGUGUCCCCCCCCCCCCCCACCCCCUCUGUACAAUUAGAUGUUAACUCUGUACAGUAGACAGGAAUGAGCGUACGACAGCGUCUGAGACGGAAUUGUGUAGCGAUGCUUCAAUCUGGGUCACGAACACGAGCAUUUGAUUGGACACAAAAGUUUGAUUAAACAACAGCUGGAUCAUUAUUAUAUUUGGACUUUUAAUUAGUCCCCCCCCCCCGUAUUUUAUUUUUCAGUUCUCUUCCUCUCUGGCGUGAGUGAGCCAAGGCUGUCUAUACAUGAAAAUAAUAAAAUUGCACUUGCUCCAAAUCA